GGAACCUAGUUCACAAGAGCUUUGCUUCUUGAAGGAAACAUUUUAUACGGGACCGUAAACAUGGCGCUACACUGUAGCAGGGCGUGCAGGCAGUAUUUACUACAUUUAGCGCAAGAUAAUGUUGAAUUUAGACUACCGGAGAUCAAAGCGCUGCUGUCUAUCAGGGGUAAACAGUUCUGCCCUGCUGAAGACUUCAAUGAAAAGUCUCCAUUUUGGCUACUCAAAAGUGUGUCAGAGGAGGACAUGCGGAGCAUUAUGACAAGAACGGUGUGUGCAAAAUCAGUGUUUGAACUGUGGGGUCGUGGACGGACUCACGUUGAACUGCAGUCAUCCUUGGAGAGAUAUCCUACAGAGGACAUGGCUCAGUUUCUGCAGCAAGACUCUACAUACAAAAUAAAUGUUUACACGUUCAACAAGACCCUGGUGUUCAAAGACAGAAUCAAGAAGAUUGAUGCCAUGGAGUUCCUCCCCUUCCAAGGGAAGGUGAAUUUGAAGAACCCUGAUCACAUCUUCUGUUUAAUGGAAGACUAUGGCACUGAUCCCAAUAACAUACCAGAAGAACCCUUCUAUGUUUAUUUCGGGAGAUGGAUUGCAGAUGGCCAACGGGAACUAAUCCGCUCCCACAGCGUGAAGAAGCGGCACUUCAUCGGGAACACCAGCAUGGACGCGGGGCUGUCCUUAAUUAUGGCGAAUCACGCAAGGAUAAGAGAUCAUGACCUGGUCUUUGACCCCUUUGUUGGCACUGGUAGCCUCCUCGUUGCCUGCUCACACUUUGGGGCAUAUGUUUGCGGGACGGACAUAGACUACAACACAAUCCAUGGAAUUGGAAAAGCCAGCAGGAAGAACCAGAAGUGGAGGGGUCCGGAUGAGAACAUCCGCGCAAACCUCCGGCAGUAUGGGCUAGAACAGCUGUACCUGGAUGUUCUGGUGUCAGACGCCUCCAAAGCCAUUUGGAGGGAGGCGGCACUAUUUGAUGCUAUCAUCACAGACCCUCCUUACGGUAUUCGGGAAUCUACAAGGAGAACAGGGUCUCAGAAGGAGAUCAUCAAACCUUCAGAUGACUUCUGUGGAGAUAGCCACGUCCCCGUUUCCAUGGAGUACCACCUGAGUGACAUCUUUAGAGACCUAUUAAACUUUGCGUCCCGUUACCUGGUGAUGGGCGGAAGGCUGGUUUACUGGCUGCCAAUCUACAGGCCAGAGCGUGUGUGCUGCAGGUACCAGGAGGAGAUGAUCCCCCUGCACCCCUGUCUGAGUCUGAUCAGUAACUGUGAGCAGACCCUCUCCAGCCACACGUCACGCCGCCUCAUCACCAUGGAGAAGACCAGGGAGAUGGAGGACUCUGAUGAACUGCUGCUCCAGGACUCACGCUUCAGCCCCUACCAGGGACACAACGCCUUCAGGGAAAAGUACUUCAGCGGAAUCACCAAGAGGAGCGGGAGAGACGAGGGCAAGCCGGCGGUGAAGGAGGAGAACUGAGUGGUUCCGUUCCACUUUUACUGCCUCAGUACAAGGGAACAUUUUUAAAUGUAUAUAAAGCACAUGUAUAUUUUUUUUAUUUGAUGUGCCCUUCCUCUUGUGACUGUUUAGAAAUAAAUCACAUGAAUCAAUGAAUCUCAGCUGUGGACAGUGGAGUAAUGAAACUGCACACCCCCACACACAAACACAAACACACACACAAACACACACAUACCUGACCUGACGGGUGACCUCUACCCUUACUUCCUAAACACGCACACACAAACACAACACACAUGCACACAUGCAUGCACACAGUAUUGAUACUCGCAGAAACUAUUUGUAUUUUCAAUUUAGAGGUGAAUCCUGGUGUAGUGGAGUUACAUGCCUUCUGUAGCUGUGCCUUUGCCGAUUAAUUAUUCAGAAAUACAAGCAUUCGCACAUGUUGUAUUUUGGACACAUUGAAAUAAUUUGUAUGAAUUCCAAUAUAGCGGUAUAUAGAGGUUGAUAUAGAGUGAUUAAUUGGGGGAUGGGUGGGAUUUGUGCCCUCUGUGGUUAUUCAGGAGCCAAUCUGUUUAUGUGAGUGAAAGGACUGUUUAUACUCAGCCCUGGGAAGAGGAAAUGGCUUGAAAAGAGGGGAACAAGAGCCCUGCUGAGUGAGUUUAUUAAAAAAAGACCACUAGUGAAGGAGAAUAUAUACAGCCAGCUACACUCAUAGGAGCUGCAACCUUUUUCAGGAUAUUACAAAGUUUCAGAUUUUACAGUCGAGAGGUGCUUAAUGCUCCAUGUGAAGGGAUAUAGGAGGAUUGUAUCAUAGAAUAGUGUAUGCUGCAACCCCAGAGGACUGUCCACAUUAAUGAUAUGAAAGAAGGAUUUUUUCUUUCUGUUCAAGAAAGAAAGAAAAAAUGUUUUUGUUGCCAGUUGCUAAUGCCAAAUUCCGUGUUGACAUUAAACAAAUACUGUUUUGUUUCUGAGGGAA